UUUUCAGGUCUUGGUCCCAAGACAGAGUUCAAAGCAGGGUCUGAAAUAAACGUCACAUGGCACAUAGCGUACCCACAUCAAGGAGGGUUUUACCUUCAAAUCCUGGACAGGAAUGACCGGGAAGUGAUGCGCUACCAGGAUGACUCCAUCACUGUGAAUGUAAGUGCAUCAGCAGAACCCGAAACAGCAGCAGAGCCGGAAUCAACGGCAGAACCGGAAUCAACGGCAGAACCAGAGAGUACGGCGGAACCAGAGGGCACGGCAGAGCCGGAGGGUACGGCAGAACCCCAAAGCACCGGCGGUAGAGCAAUUGUACUUCUCGGCUACAACGAUACCACAACCCUCAGCUACACAAUCACCCUACCCGACAUCGAGUGUGACGGCUGUACCCUCAGACUGAUCAGACAGGCCCUGGAGUGGGGAACGUGUACCCGUCAGUAUCUCUUCUGGAGCUGCGCCGACAUCAAAAUCAUUAAAGGUGAUGUCGCUGACCCCCAAAGGCUUUGUUCUGGGCAAGGACGUUGGCAGGAUGAUCGCUGUUACUGCAACCGCUUGUACAGAGGUGACCGAUGCCAGUUUAAAGAUGACUGUGAGUCUGCCUCCGACUGUGGCGGACAUGGCCAAUGUGAGGACACCCAGGCGACGUCCUACCCCCGGUUCCAGUGCUACUGUGAUAUGGGAUGGUUCGGCAAGAACUGUCAGCAGGUGUCUACGGUGAAAAGUAAGACGAUCGACUACAGCCGCUACGAGACGAGAAACAUGAGCUCUGAGUUUCAACUGUUUUACAGAGAAUUACCGGAGGAGAAAGAAAUGGAGGUUGUGAUGAGGGUGAAGACGUCAACAUGGGUUGGCCUGGGGUGGAAACCUACAGAUUUUCGAUCUGGGUGUCAGCUGUUCCCAAAUUUACCUGCAUUACCAACCCCCGCGCCUCAGGGUACAGCAGAACCCGAAAACACGGCGGAACCGGAAACAGCAGCAGAACCCGAGUCGACAGCGGAACCGGAAACAGGAGCUGAACCCGAGUCAACAGCAGAACCGGAAACAGGAGCAGAACCCGAGUCAACAGCAGAACCGGAAACAGGAGCAGAACCCGAGUCAACAGCAGAACCGGAAACAGGAGCAGAACCCGAGUCAACAGCAGAACCAGAGGGCAAUUCAGAACCUGAGCCCGAAGGAUCAUCUAAUAAUGCAUUACCUCAAUGCAUCCUAAUGUCUGGUCCCACCAGUGCACGGAAUCCAAGCGGCGGACCAAUGCCUGAACCAGAGGCGUCAGCAGAACCUGAACACUCAGCGGAACCGGAGAGCACAGCAGAACCUGAACACUCAGCGGAACCGGAGAGCACUGCAGAACCAGAGAGCACAGCAGAACCAGAGAGCACUGCAGAACCAGAGACCGGAGCAGAACCGGAGACCACAGCGGAACCGGCGAGUGGAGCAGAGCCAGGUGCAGAAGGAGAACCAACUGCUGAAGGAGAACCUACCCCGGGAAGAACAGGAACAGGUAUCCCUGGAGCGACUCCUGGUGGUGACAAGCAAGGAGCCCGCACACACGCUAUGGACUGCACGGAUAUGGUGAUCGGGUCUGCCCGGGGGAUGAGGAGCAGGGUGGGAGAUUAUUACACCAGGGACAGGUCCACCCCUCAACAUGAUGACUUCUAUGGUGGAACUAACAGUCUCACAGCUGCCCUCGGCUAUGAGGAGAACGGUUAUACUGUUAUCCUGUUCAGGAAGAAACUCACUGCCACUGAGCGCGCUGACUAUAGUUUCGAUCCCGCCCCUAUGACUGUGAUUUGGGCCAGGGGUCAAGACAGCGGCAACCUGAUACAUACUCCUCGAUCUGGCAUCGAAGCAGGAAGAGCGUCCAACGCUAUGUAUUACCAUGACGACGAGCUGAAGUAUCACGGCCACAGACCCAACAGAGGCACAGCUACCAUCAACUUCAGAGAACGAUCCGGGACUCCCACCGGAUGUACUGGUCAGUGGCCAGCCACGUGCAACGACUGCCCCUACCAGGUGACCUGGGUCGUGGACGUGGCCAAUGACAUGGUCAACUUCACCAUCACUGCCAGGCUGAACGGGGCGAGGAGUUGGAUAGGGCUUGGAUUCUCACCUGAUGGGAGAAUGUCAUCAUCUGACGCUGUGAUCGGAUGGGUUGAGGGUUCCACAACUCACAUCUCAGACAGGUUCAUCACAGGAUACAGUCCCCCACAAAUUGACACAGUGGAUAACUUAGUGGAUAAAUCAGGAAAACUCACCAAUGGAGUGACUGAGAUAAAGUUCUCCCGUAAAAGAAAUACCGGUCAGCCUCAGGACUUCACCUUCACCGAUGCCGACACCGGGUGUCCGUUCUUGUUGUUUCCUGUGGGCGGGGCAUAUGACUCAUCAAGUCUGGCCAUCUCCCAACACGCAACCACGCCCCAGGUGUCCGCUCAGAGAAUAUGCUUCAGCAGCACCUGUGCAAGUCAAACAAACAAUGGAGGUCCCGAACCAUCACUGAAGCUCGUGGUCUCCCUGCGCCUUCCUAAUCUAGAGUAUACAACGGACUACGCCAACAAGCUCUCCGCGCAAUACAUGAAUCUGAAGAACCAAUUAGAGAACGCGAUGACUAAGCUCAGUAAACCUGAUUCUGUAAAGAACAUUGAAGUCAUCAAUAUCAGGCGGGGGAGCGUCAUUGCUGACUUCCAGAUUACACCUUCAUCCAGCACUAUCAACGAACAGGCCCUGAAAGGUGACACAGAAAAGUUCUUCGGAUCUAUUCAAGAAAGUGGCAGUUUAGGAACCGUUGCUGUGGACGCCGGCUACCUUAAAAUCACAAACCCUGCUGACACAGAUGAUGAUGACAUGGACCACCACAUGGGUCUCACACUCCUAGAGAAGAUCGUCAUCGGCGUCAGCGCUGCUUUCAUCGUUGUCGGCAUCGUCGUAUGCAUCUGUAAGAUCAGGGAGAUGAAGACAAUGAAGAAGUCUUCGAGUCUAGAGAAACUACACAGCGGCAGGGGUGGCAACGGCAGCAACGGAAGUCCAUCAGUAAACGUAGAUGAGAAACAAGGAUACAUUCCAACCAGAAGUACAUCAACAAACUCAUCGCGCAUGACAUAUGACCAGUUCCUCAACACUGUAGCCCAUGAGAAGAAGGGGAUCCCUGAUGUGCACACAAACAAGAUGUACGAUGUCUACGUGCCUUAAAUUGUGUAUGUGUAAUAGUGUAUGUAUGUCCAUUUUGAAAAGAACCCGAAAUUAUUUGAAGGACAUGCAUCAAUGUAAACAUUUUAACCACAUGCACAUGAUAUAGUCGGAAUCGUAUAAUGGACAGAGAUUUCGUAUGUAAGCGGAAAGGGUUUUGUUGCUCUAAUUUAGAUAUGUAUUGUUUAUGCUUUCCCUAACGAUCUAAAAGCUCCCGUUUAAAAGAACGUAUACACCCAUGUUUGAUGGUGGCUGAAAAUGGAACAAAAAAGAAAUAGUUAUUCGAUGGUAAUGUGAUAGGUUUGGACAUAACGUUUGCAGUAUUUCGGCGACUGUUAUUCUUUGGCCCGGCAGAAUGUAUUUGUGUGACUUCUUAUUGUACAUGCGGCUUGGAAGAAAGAGGGUUUUUUUAAACUUAUGUAUGAUUGCAUUACUUGUAAACAGAUAUAACUUUAACACGUAUUUUAAUCAGCAACACGCCUAAACCUAGCUGCGGAUGUACUUCUGUCAGGGAUAACAACAUAUACCAUCCCAAUGUAUCUCAUGAUUAUCCGUGGAUGUUUUUUUGUUUUUUUGUGCAAUAGCAUAGCGCCCAAAGGAUAUUGAGAAAUCCACUUCUGUUUAAGAUAAUUAUAAUCACGAUUUUGACGAUGUAUUUUGACGAUGAGCGCUGGUCGCUGCCGCCUUGCUCUAAGUAGUGAAAUAUUCACCAUAUCUUCAUCACUACACUGGAAUGCAGGUUGUCUUACACUUAUAGGCAUUUAACGAUUAUCAUAUCUAGCGUCACAUUUUGCACGUAAUGUAUAAGAUCCGUUGUUUGAGUGAAGGGUGUAUUGAGUUGUCCUUUAUGGGUGCACAUUUGACUAAUUUAGAUGUAUCUUUCCAUAAUCCCAGCUUUUAUUUGACGUAUGUGCAAUUUCGUUUUCAAAGUUAAAAUCUUAAACAUUUACAUUAUCAUAUAUGUGUAUUUUGUCCUUGGAUUGUUUUAAUUCCAGCUGUUAUUUGACGUCUCUGCAAUUUCGUUUUCCAAGUUAAAAUCCUAAACUUUUACAUCAUUAUAUAAGUGUAUUUUGCCCCGUGAGAUAAAUAAAAUCUGAACACUU